AAGAGGAUUUACACAGGCACACAUGUACAGAUGAAACCGUUUUAAAAUGCAAAUUUUCGAUUUAGGUUUCAUUUUCUCUCGCAUGAAAAUUUGAAUUUUACGGAUAGACAUUGAUGAGUAAGUAUUUCACGUAUUAAGAUGUUUAUUCGAAAUCGGUGAGUUUGUGUUUCGUGUUGUGUUCAACUAAUCGAAUUCAUAAAAUAAAUAAGAACAUUGGCGAAAUUUGCUUCGCGAUAUUAUAAACGAGAAUUGACAGCAAUUUCUUCAUGGAUUUGAAAAAAACCCUAAUACGAUCGGAACCAGUCUGCGGCACGGGCCUGAUACACUUCAGCGUUUACUACGCCGAGCACAUCUGUCCUUACUUGCAUUCCACCUGGGACGUGAUCGGAUCAACGCUCAAUAUAUUCAACAUCAUCGUAUUCACGAGGAAAUCCAUGAUUUGUCGAAUAGUCUGAUUUUCGCUAAUUUAGCCAUCGUCGAUUUAGCCACCAUUCUAGCCUACAUGCCACGUUCGUGGCAAGAAUCAACCAGGCAGAAGAUGUACUCGGUGAAGGAGCAAAGGGUAUACGAAUGGGAACUGAUAUCACUUUUUUCUUGGCAUACGGCAGCAACCUUCCACCAAAUAUCAAUCUGGCUAACCAUCAUGUUGGCGGUUUGGCGUUACAUAGCUAUCGCACAUCCUUUGAAGGAACGCCAAUGGUGCAGUUUGAAAACCACCAAGAUUUUCAUAGCUGCAGGAUAUGUUGUGUAUCCUGUAGUUUGGAUACCUACUUAUUUCUUAUUCAGAGUCGCGACGAUAGAUACGUUACUGGAUAACGAUGGGAAUCUGACCUCGAAUCGGACUAUCGGUAUCCCUUCCACGAUUUUCCAGAUGCAAGAGAUCGAAGCGAGCUCAGCUAUUGUUGUAUUGGUGAAUGCGUUCUAUGCGUUGGUACCGAAAUUGGGACCGAUAGUUGUCCUAUCUGUUUACAGUUACAAAUUAAUCGUAGCUCUGCUGCAAGCGAAGAACCGUCGCCAAGAAUUAAACGCAAGCAUGCAUAAAAGCAACGCAACAAACACGAAGAAUAAUCAAUCCACAGAUCGGACAACAAAAAUGAUAUUAGUAGUAUUAGGCUUAUUUUUUAUAGCUGAAAUGCCACAUGCAUGUAGUUGCAUAUUGACAGCCAUGUACGGUUACUCGUUCUACUUGGGAUGUUACGUAUUCGUGGUGGAAAUAUUUAAUUUUUUGACGUUAUUCUGCAUGUCGGUUAAUUUUCUAGUUUAUUAUAUAAUGAGCCAACAAUUUCGAAACACUUUUCACCAAUUGUUCAAAUGUAAUAAGGCAUCUUCUGCUCAGCAAAACCCAGGCUCGACUUUAUCACAGAAUCGAACAUCAUACAAUACGAGUACUUCGACUCGAUCGAAUAUCACAAUGCUCAGUUCGACUCCAUCAUCGAGUACUACGACCCUCUAAUAAUAAGUAGGUAUACUCAUAGGUAAAUAAGCAAUGUUUAAUUUCACAGAUGUGGCUCAUAUAAAAUUUUUCAUCCA